ACACUGUGGGCAUGUUCAAACGUUUGAAUGGAGAGAACGCGCCGCGUUUCAAUGGACUUGAAUGAUGACAGUCAUUGUGUGACAUCACCAGACAACAAAAAGCCUCGCGCUCGCGGAGCGAAGCGCUCCAAUCAAUGGCACAGACGCGGCGCGUGGUGCACGCAGAGAUGAGUCUCCAAAAACUUCUGCUGAUCAGUGUUUUUUGUUUGUUUUAAACAAAAAAAUGACAAAUUCAGGAAUCUGCGAUCUCGGGCUGUCACUUUUGGGAUUGCUGCUUUCUUUGACCUAAGCGCUCGCGCUCUUCGUUAGAGUUUAGUAGGCUACAGUCUAGUUUGAAGUGUUGCACAAGUAUGAACAAGAAGAGGCGACCUGAGCUGCGGCGACUCUCUGUCGUGGGAUAAAAAAAAAUCGCUUGUGGAUUAAAACACGAAUUCAUGAGGAACUUAACAGACGACGGGAACGCAGACCGGCCACAGCGCUUCCUCCUUCGGAACUGACUGAUCAUGGUCGCUGUGGUCCGCGCUCUCACGGUGCUGUUGCUCGGUCAGGUGUUGCUGGGAGGUGCAGCUGGACUCAUUCCCGAGAUCGACCGACGGAAAUACAGUGAUUCGGGGAGACACACACCGGAGCGCUCAGAUAUAAACUUCCUGAACGAGUUCGAGCUACGGCUGCUCAACAUGUUCGGACUGAAGCGAAGACCCACGCCGAGCAAAUCAGCGGUGGUCCCUCAGUAUAUGCUGGACUUGUAUUAUAUGCACUCUGAAAACGAUGACCAGAACAUCCGGCGCCCGAGGAGCACUAUGGGAAAGCACGUGGAACGGGCAGCCAGCAGAGCAAACACAAUACGAAGUUUUCAUCACGAAGAGGCUUUCGAGGCACUGUCCAGCCUGAGAGGAAAAACAACACAGCAGUUUUUCUUCAACCUUACCUCUGUUCCCGUCGAGGAGCUGAUCACGGCCGCGGAGCUGCGUGUUUUCAGGGACCAGGUUCUCGGUGACGCCGGUGCAGGUGGCUUCCACCGAAUUAACAUUUACGAGGUGUUCAGGCCAGCGCUGACCCCCUCCAAAGAGCCUCUUACCAGACUUCUCGACACCCGAUUGGUGCAGGACUCUCACACGCGCUGGGAAAGCUUCGACGUGGGCUCGGCCGUGGCUCGCUGGGCCCGUGAAUCCCAGCACAACCACGGGCUCUUGGUGGAAGUGCUCCAUCCUGAGGAGCCGGAAGGAUCCGAGGAGGCAGAGAGGAACCGGAGGAGGCACGUCAGGGUCAGCCGCUCCCUUCAUGCGGACGAGGACUCGUGGGCGCAGGCCCGACCGCUUCUGGUGACCUACAGCCACGACGGUCAAGGUUCGGCUGUUCUGCAUUCGAACCGAGAGAAGCGGCAGGCACGGCGAGGGCCGAAGCAGCACAGGAAGCAGCACCGGCGCACGAACUGCAGGCGGCACGCUCUCUACGUGGACUUCAGCGAUGUUGGCUGGAACGAGUGGAUCGUGGCGCCGCCAGGCUACCACGCUUUCUACUGCCACGGCGAGUGCCCCUUUCCGCUGUCGGACCACCUGAACUCCACCAAUCACGCCAUCGUCCAAACGCUGGUGAACUCGGUCAAUUCCAACAUUCCCAGAGCCUGCUGCGUCCCGACAGAGCUCAGCCCCAUAUCGCUGCUGUACCUGGACGAGUACGAGAAAGUCAUUCUUAAAAACUAUCAGGACAUGGUGGUGGAGGGCUGUGGGUGCCGAUGAGAACGACAUCUCCCCAAUGAAGACUUUUAUUUAUACAAAAGAACAUUCAAAGAGCUAUUUUGGAGGAAGAAAAGAAAUAUAUAUGAAUAUAUUUAUGUUGACUGAAAAAAAUGGGAAAAUAAAUAUUUUAAUGAGAGUGCUUGCUUUUUCCAGUGGCUUUGAAGAUGUUUUUUUUCUGUCCCAUGUACAUUUCAAAAUGAGUGCAAUUGCACAUGAAGUAUAAUGCUCAGAUUUUUAUGAUGUAUUUAUUGCAUAACCACUUUAUUUGUAAAUGAUGUGUAUUUAUCAUGAAAAAAAAUAUAUGACCUUCAUUCAG